CGGCGAACUCGUUGGCCGAAGCAGACGUCAGGCUGAACAUACUUGCACCAAUCAGCGCAAGCGCUUUUAACGCGAGCAGGUUAUUGGCUGGUACGAAGAUUGGCGACUGUAACGAACGUGACUGCAUUGUGGCCUCAAACGAACCUCAGAAUGCCGAAAAAUAACCAAUUGGCACAUCUAUUCAUGGAUACGAAGAUACGCGGCUGCUGCAGGCGCGACUCGGUUGUGAUUUGAAGCAGACGACAGAAAGGAUAGAUAGCUUAUCGCGAGCUGUUUCAAAGGUUCGUGGGAGCGCGUCGAUUGUGGUCGGGCCCGAAAGCGUAUUGUUGGCAGAAACAAUGCAGCCUGCAGGAAGUUUGGAUUUGCUUUGUGAUCCGAAGUGCAGCGGGAUCACCAUUGCGUCGUGACGUCCCGAGGGCUCUGUGAACGUACGGGCACAAUGCGCACGUCAACGGUCACCGAGAGUGGGAUUUUGGCACUCCUCCUCUUCGCCGUGUCGGUUGCUGAAAAUUCAAGCACCUGCCUUCCGGCCAAGUGGAACGUGACAGCCGAGGAUUUUUAUGAAAUCCGAAUCAGUUGGUCGACUCCAGCCUUCGAGAUUGGCGAGUAUGAACUGUGUGCGUGCUACCCCAUCGCAGUGAACGAAACGGAGCCCAAUGUGACGUGUAGCGGUGCCGAAACACUCUAUGAAAAUGCGUCGUGUCUGAUACUGAACACGAGUUCGGAAACGCGAGACGUCGUCUUCAAUCGGACAGCUGAGGUUGGGUCGGUCUGCCUCUUCUCAGAGUGCGGGGAGAGCUCCUGCAAGGACGUAAACGGUAGUGCAGAAUCUAGACCUGCGGUCUCUGUGACUGAUCUCCAAUUGGUGUCUGCCAACAAAACUAGCCUUUCAGUGUCAUGGAGGACCGGGAAUACCAGCAAAAGCCUUCUGGUGUACUUUCGAUUGGUGUGGUGCGUCACCGACGAGUCCUGCUCGGAAGACGUCGAGAGCGUCCGAAACUGCUCUGGCGAAAAAGUAGACGACACUGUGGAAAACGAGAAUCACGUGUUCUCGAAUUUGACGGCGGCCACAAGCAUGGUCAUAGAGGUGUUUGCUGUAGACGGAAACGAUAAAAAUGCAAGACCCCUCGGGUUCAGCUCAACGAAAUGCUUCAAGACACCAGACCCAGAGCUCAUACCGGUGACGAUCAUCAAGAACGAGACCGUGGGCAUAAGUGGAAUUCGCAUAGACUGGCAGGCCGUGGAAAACACGGACAUACCUCUCAGCGGCUACAGGGUGCGCUGGUGCACCCGAAGCCACUCAAAGUGCUCCAAAGAGCUUCUUGAUCUAAGUGGCUCGUGCGGUACGAACUACCGAGAGAUCGAGGAAACCCACCUGAGUGUUUCCAGGGUACCUCCCGAAAGUGUGCUCUUAGCUGGAAUCACUGCUGUGUAUAAAUUCAAGAAUGGAAGCGAAGCAAAGGCAGCGGAAACAACUCGUUGUUUUGAGUCUCUAGCAAAGCGUCCGAUGUCCGUGACUAACUUAAGACUCGAGAGCCAACAGGACGGGCAGCUGGUGUCCUGGAACUAUUCAGCGGACAAAGAUAUCAGCGUGACUCCCAAAUACGACAUUCGCUGGUGCUCCAAAGACAUUUCUGAUUGUGCUCAUGAGAAGCUGGAUCUCCAAGAGUGCGACAGCGAGAGCGCAGAAAACGGCACUAACGACAUGAACGUCCUAAUCUCGAAUCUGAAGCCCUGGAGCACGGUGGUCGUCGAGGUUUCCGCAGUUUACCAGGACGAAGCGAGAAGUGACAUCGUGAAAGGACCCGCGGCCAUCAAAUGUUUCGAAAUUCCGGUUGCAGAACCUGGUGGCGUAAAACAUUUUGAAGUGACUUCAGUCAAGUCGGACAAAGCUACCAUUUCAUGGGCACCCCCAAGUGUCUUAAAUGGACGCCUGGAUGGAUACAGACUCGUGCUUUGUGAACAAGAGAAACAAGAGAAUGGAGUGUCUUCAGAUCCUGGCAGCUGCAACACCCCUCUGUUAGUUGAUGGAAACAAAACACAGUACUUGCUUAAGCAAUUGAUGCCCUGGACAAGUUAUACGGUCAAGAUUGGCGCUUACAACACCGAUCCAACUGGCCAGGAAUUGGAAGGCCCCACAAACAUUCUCAAAAUCACAACAACCAUGGCUGAGCCUGGAAUUGUACAUCAUUUUAAUGCGACGUCCAUCAAAUCAAGAAGCGUUACGAUUGAGUGGUCACGUCCCAGUUACUUGAAUGGGCCUCUGGAAGGAUACAAACUCGUACUUUGUAAAAAGGAAGAAGAGUCGUUGUCUUCAGUAAACGGCAGCUGUAACACCGCUGUCUUCGUUGAAAAAAACGAAACAACUUUCGUCCUCGAACGGUUGACACCCUGGACCAAUUACACGGUCCACAUAGCCGCUUACAACGCAGACGUUAAUGAAAGCAAAAUGGAAGGACCGACGGCAACCAUGAACUUCAGAACAGCUGUGGAUUCACCAAGCAGGGUUUUUGGCCUAAAGUUGAUUGCUGAGAGUGAAGCGAUUAAAGCAACCUGGAAACGUCCGGCUGAGCCCAACGGUCCCAUUUCAAGUUAUAAGAUUACUUUAUGCCAGGGAAACAUCACAAACUGCAGCGUGGUCGAACUCGAAGGAGAUGUGACCUACCACAGUUUCCAGGAUAUACAGCCAUGGCAAAGAUAUAAAGUAGAAUUGCUUGCCAUCAACGAAGAGGAAGGUAGACGCCUACUGGGACCUUCUCUGAUUCAGUAUGCCACGACGCUGCCUUCGGGUCCGGCCGAACCAGAAAAUUUGUUACAAGAUCAUAAGACCUCUUCUUCAGCCCUAUUUAUAAAAUGGAAUCCACCCAAGGAAACGAACGGCCCACUCUCCGGGUACAAUGUUUCAUGGACGUCUGACGGAGGCGCAACCCUGGCAUCCUCUGAAACGAAUGAAACGGAAUUCGAGAUAUUACACCUAAGGGCCUACACCACGUACACGGUCAGUGUGCGAGCAUUUAAUGAAUGGCAGGAACUCAAGUGGUAUGGGACACCAGCCAUCCUGAAUCUCACUACGGAAGUGGACGCUCCACAAGCGCCGAAAAUCCACAUCAACGGUGGCUCACGAAGCGCCGCGGUUGAGCUGCUCGUUCCGUCCGUGCCCAACGGGCCGCUAAAUGGAUCGUACCUCACCGUCUGUAGAAUGGACGUCGGCUGCUCCCACCAAGUUCCACACACUUCAACUUGCGAUCCAGAGUACGAAGUCGAGGGACGACUCCCGCUUCUCCUGGAAGACCUGUCGCCUUGGACGUACUACGAAAUCCGGGCGAGGAUGUACAAUGUCGACUCCAGGAACGUCCAGCUGAACGGGACCUACGCCAAGCAGUGCUUCAGGACAAAACCGGCAGAGCCGUCGAAGCCGUCGCUCUUGCGGGCUGCCAAUAGCAAUAAGACCUCGCUGACGGUCGCAUGGUCAGCCCCAGAGCAGCCCAACGGCCCCAUUGACGGAUACAACGUCAGCUGGACGAAUGAAAAGGGCACGCUUAGUGCCGACGUCGGACAGGCGCUGAGCUACGCCAUCCCGGAUCUCCAGCCAUACACCGAGUACGAUGUCCAGGUACUUGCCUUCAACCGGCGUGAUUCUAGGCUGCUCAUUGGACCCCCUGCUAAACUCCUUGUUCGCACCAAACCGGACGUUCCAGGCCCGGUGGGGAACCUUCGCGUUUGCGCUUUCCCCAACAACACUGCUGUGCUGACCUGGCUGCCUCCCGAGAUCAAAAGAGGUGCUCUCGAAGGGUUCGUCGUGAUGUACAAUUCUAGCAAGCCGGACAAGCCCACAAGGCUCAACGUCAUUGCGAACGACCUACGUCAGGGUGAUAGAACGCAAUGCGAGGGAGAGCCCCUCACCUGUACUUUGUGGUUAGAGAAUCUGCCGGCCGAGUACGAGUACGUCUUCGACGUGCGAGGCAAGAACGCCGAAAUCGAUCAGCUGGGAGAAGCUACCGGUGCCAAGGUCAUCGUGCCUCCUGGGGAUCCGCCAAGGCCCAAAAACUUAUCCAUGAUAAUGGGAAAGCUGGACGCUCCUGACCCCCAGACACAGCACGCAUUUGCCAUUUCACGCAAGAUGUUCGAUGACAGCAACGGAGACAUUAUUGAGUACACGGUAGUGCUGGGAUCGCCGGAAGGAAUAGAGUCUGCAGUGAGGACACGGCAGGCUUGGAGAACAGUUUCCAUGGAAACUGUGGUACCUGCCCACCCUGUAACACCGGACCACUGGAAUCCAUUUGAUAAAGAUCCUAGAAAUCUGGAAGACGAUCCGAUGAGUUGCAAGAAGUUUGAAGAAGACUCGGCAACUCUAAUUUGUGUUCUGGGCACUCAAAGUUGUUCCGAGGCUACCCUGCCAUGUAACGGACCUCUUAGACCGGGAACUGCCUACGCAAUGUACGUCAUCGGGCGCACGAGAGGCGGUGAGAUGCCCACAGCGCCCGAAGAGUUCAGGACCCUCUUCAUCGAGCCUGUCCGAGGCAAAGCGGGGGCAGUUGUCGGAGGGAUCGUCACAGCGCUGCUGCUCAUGGCCCUCGUGUUCGGAGGCGCCAUCUACAUCCUGAGGACUAAAAAUCGAAAGAAGCAAGCGUCCCAGGAGAGGACGUCAGCUGAUACUUCGCAGCUCGGCAACUCCCUUGUUCACUUGGUGCACCUAUCGACUGUGAACGGCUCGGCACGCAAAGAAGACGACGUGAGCGUCGAGCAUGGCACGCCAAGAGACAAUCACCGCUCACCUGUCGUGCAAGAUAUUAACAAGCCUAUUUUGAAAUGCAACUUCGAAGCGCAGAUGCAUAUAAUGAAGAAAGAUUCUGCAUACAGGUUUUCGGAUGAGUACGAGCGCCUGGUCGAGCUUAGCCCCCAGUACCCUUCGGAGGCCGCUAGGGAUCCAGCUAACAGCAAGAAGAACAGAUUCACAAAUAUACAUCCUUUCGACAAGUCUCGGGUUCCUCUCUCUGUGGUUGGAAACGACGAGAAGUCAUCGUACAUCAACGCAAGCUUUGUGCAGGGCUGUAACGGCGAGCGAGAAUACAUCGCGGCCCAAGGCCCGAACCUUACGACGAUCAACGACUUCUGGAGGAUGAUAUGGGAGCACGAUAUACAAAUAAUCAUCAUGCUGACUCAGUGUGUCGAAGGAAACAAGAAAAAGUGCGAGAAGUAUUGGCCAGAUGAGGGAAAAGAGCACGUCUACGGAACGGUGCAGGUCCGAAACGAGUCUUCGCAGCGUCGAGAUGACUUCAUCCUCACAGAGUGUUUGGUCAAAUCUGACGACAGCAGCAAGUGGCGCAGCGUGCGGCACGUGUUCUUCACGGGUUGGAGAGACCACGGCACGCCGGAGACGCCGGAGACACUCAUCAAGUUCGUGAGGACCUGCCAGGGCAUGUUCGGACCUCGCAGGGGCACCGAGCCUCCCAUACUCGUGCACUGCAGCGCCGGCGUUGGAAGAACAGGCACCUUCAUAGCACUGGACUGCUGUCUCCAGAAGCUUGAGACGCAGGAUGACAUUGACAUCUUCCAUCUUGUUCUUGGCUUGAGAGAGUGCAGGCGGAGCAUGGUGCAGAAUGAGGUUCAAUAUGUAUACCUGUACGAGUGUGUAAACGCGGUUAUUCAAGAGGCGGCAAAGGGCGCAUCGAAUGAUGAACCGAUAUAUCAAAACUUGGAGGAACUCAAUGUUGCUCCGAACUGACCAGAUUAAUGAGGCUGCCGUUGCAUGAUCUCACCAUUUUUAUUUUAAUGGUCAAAAUGUUCUUUAGGCAAAUUUUGCGAAAGACUAUGUCAUCAGCAUAAACAUUGAAUAUAAUGAAAGUGUUUAACACAUUUGUUAUUUCCAGCUAAUAUUAGUUUAUGCGCUACUUGAACUCGGCCACAAUGUACAUAAGAUGAAAUAAAAUUCACGUAGAAGAGUCA